CGCUCCGGCCGCCGGACCCCGAUCGUCCCGCCCCGCGGAGCGCCGGGGGCUCAGCCCCGCUGCGCCAUGGGUCGUGGACUACUGGUCCUCCUCUUGUCUGCAACAGUCUCUCUCCUGGGUGGGCUGAUAUUUGGGUACGAGCUGGGGAUUAUCUCUGGUGCACUGCUCCAGUUGCAGAUGGACUUUCACCUCAGCUGCUUCAAGCAAGAAGUUCUGGUGAGCGCUGUCCUGAUCGGAGCUCUCCUCGCCUCGCUGCUUGGGGGGAUCCUCAUUGACAGCCAUGGCAGGAGGAAAGCAAUCCUGGCCAGCAACCUGGUCCUGUUGUGUGGCAGCCUUAUUGUCACGUUGGCAAGGUCAUUUGUUGGGCUGGUUAUUGGGCGUAUGACUGUGGGCUUUGCCAUCUCUGUCUCAUCCAUGGCCUGCUGCAUUUACGUCUCGGAAAUGGUGGCUGCUCACCAGCGAGGGCUGCUGGUGUCUCUCUAUGAAGCGGGCAUCACCGUAGGCAUCCUGCUGUCCUAUGCACUGAAUUACAUCUUUGCAGAUGUGGAUGAGGGGUGGAGGUACAUGUUUGGGCUGGCCAUUGCCCCGACGGCCAUGCAGUUCCUCAGCAUCCUCUUUCUCCCAGUGAACCCUGUUAAAUUAAGCUCAUGGGACUCAGACUGCCAGAAGGGCCUCAUUCAGUUGCAGAACACUGAGGACAGAGAGACAGCAAAGCGAGAGCACUAUAAGGAGAAACAUUACUCAUUUCUUGACCUUUUUAGGACGAGAGACAACAUGAGAAGGCGGACUCUGGUGGGCCUGGGACUGGUGCUCUUCCAGCAGUUCACUGGGCAGCCCAAUGUGCUGGGCUAUGCCUCCAAAAUCUUUCACUCAGUUGGGUUCCAGAGCAAUUCUUCAGCAAUCCUGGCCUCUGUUGGGCUGGGGGCAAUAAAGGUGGUGGCCACCCUCAUCGCGAUGGCCUUUGCAGACAAGGCUGGCAGAAGAGUGCUGCUCAUGGCUGGCUGCAUGGUGAUGGCCAUCUCUGUCACCACCAUUGGCCUCACUAGCUGCAUUGCUCCUCUGGCUAUGGCCAGGGACUGCAAGGCAGCUGCAGACCCCAAUGCAUCCUACAGCCUCACCCAGCAUCCCCUGAUGCCCUUAUCCUCCCAGUCUGCUGUGUCACCCAUCCCACCGGUACUGCAGGCUGAAAGAAGUCAGGCAGGCCCUGGUUUUGCUGCCAUGAGGAGACUUACAGAAGUUUUUGUCAAUACUCAAAGCAGAGAAUUUGUUCCCAAUUCUUCCCUUACUCAUAAAAGGGGCUUGGUAGCUCAGACUGAAAAAGAGAGAGUAGAAAGCCCAGGCCCUCCUUUCAGUGGUGCUCCCUGGACAGAACAUCAGGUUUUAAAUUGGAUUACACUGCUGAGCUUGAUGGCUUUCGUGAGUGCCUUCUCAAUUGGAUUUGGACCAAUGACCUGGCUGGUCCUCAGUGAGAUCUACCCUGCUGGGAUAAGAGGAAGAGCCUUUGCCUUCUGCAACAGCUUUAACUGGGCUGCUAAUUUACUGAUCAGCCUCUCAUUUCUGGACCUUAUUGAUGCCAUUGGUUUCUCUUGGAUGUUUCUUCUCUAUGGACUGAUGGGGGUGAUGGCUGUUGUAUUCAUUUACCUCUUUGUUCCUGAAACAAAAGGACAGUCCUUAGAGGAGAUAGACCAGCAGUUCUCCAGGAAAAGGGUAUGGGGAGGAAAUGUGUUUAAGCAGCGACAUGGAAGAGGAGCAAGCUGCACACAUGCCCAGUAUCAGAGAGUGGAGCACAUCAACAGCACAUGAAACCUAUGACAUGGCGACAGCAUCAUCCUGAGGAGAGGAACAGGCUGUGCCAUCCAGACAGUUCUUUUCCUUGGCUUUAACUCAUGACCUCCCCUGAGAGAUGGUUCUCACCACAGUGCCUUAGAUCUUGGGACAUGACAAUGGUUGUCCUUUGGGUCCUUGGAGGAUCAUAGGUCCCAGGCAGGGAAAUAUGUCCUUCCUUUGAAAUCUGUUUCCAUGUGUUGUAUCUCCUGUCAUUUAAGAGAUUAAUGUUUUUAUAUGUGAGAAUUAAAGCACGACUUUUUCUGACAGUGCUUUC